AUCACUCGGAUUCGGAGUAUAUUUACUUCGGCGAUGGCCGGUAUGUGUCUUCCGGCUCCGCCGCUCUGGUAUCACCGGGAUCUGAGUCGCGCGGCGGCGGAGGAGCUGCUGGCGCGCGCCGGGCGGGACGGGAGUUUUCUCGUGAGGGACAGCGAGAGCGUGAGCGGCGCGUACGCGUUAUGCGUUCUGUUUCAGAAACACGUCCACACAUACAGGAUUCUACCUGAUGAGGAGAACUUCCUGGCUGUGCAGACUUCACAGGGUGUUCAGCCGAAACGCUUUAAGACUCUUCCUGAGUUGAUUCAUUUGUAUGUUCAGCCGAGUCAAGGGCUGGUGACCACACUGCUGUUUCCAGUGGAGAGAGAAGAAACCACAGAGGAAAAAGAUUAUUCUGAUGGUGAAGAUGAAAAGCCACCCCUCCCUCCACGCACCGCCUCCAACAUUAGCCCUGCAGGCUCCGCCCUCACCGCUCCGGACACGCCCCUUGAGAAUGUAACGGCAUCCAACGGUUUGAGCACCAUCUCUCAUGAGUAUCUCAAGGGCAGUUACGCUCUCGACCUGGAGGCCGUGAAACAGGGCGCACACAACCUGCCACACCUCAACAAAACGCUGGUGGCGUCCUGCAAACGACUGCAUGGAGAGGUGGAUAAGGUUUUGUGCGGUCUGGAGAUCUUGUCAAAGGUCUUUGACCAGCAGAGCGCCUCCAUGGUUUCCAGAAUGAUCCAGCAGACGAUGUCUCAGGGUGGAGAUCAGGAGUUGGAGCAUCUGGUCACUAAACUGGCCAUCCUGAAAGAUCUGCUGUCGUCUAUAGAGAAGAAGGCUCUGAAGGCGUUACAGGAUAUGAGCUCAACUGCUCUGCCCAUCUCUCCUCUACUGUCCAUCAGACUCAACAAAUCUAUCCCGGUGCAAACCUUUGAGGUAAAGCUGGACGUGUAUCUGGCUGAUCUGACAAAGAUCGGGAAGAGUCAGAAAUAUUCGCUGAGUGUGGACGUGGAAGGCGGGAAACUGGUGCUGAUGAAGAAAAUGAAAGACGCACAAGAAGACUGGAACACAUUCACACACGACAAGAUACGGCAGCUCAUUAAGUCUCAGCGUGUGCAGAAUAAACUCGGAAUCGUCUUUGAGAAGGAAAAAGACAAAAGUCAGCGGAAAGAUUUCAUCUUUGCCAGCGCUAAAAAAAGGGAAGCAUUCUGUCAACUGCUGCAACUCAUGAAGAACAAACAUUCCAACCAGGACGAGCCGGAUAUGAUUUCAGUCUUUAUUGGGACAUGGAACAUGGGUGGUGUUCCCGCUCCUAAAUCGAUGGGAUCGUGGAUUUUAUCUCGUGGUUUGGGGAAAACUCUGGAUGAGAUGACGGUCACGAUCCCUCAUGACAUUUAUGUGUUCGGUACUCAGGAGAACUCAGUGUUUGAUAAAGAGUGGGUGGAGACGCUCCGCUGUGCCCUCAAAGAGUACACAGAGAUCGACUAUAAACCGAUCGCCAUACAGACGCUGUGGAACAUUAAGAUUGUGGUGUUGGUGAAGGUGGAACACGAGAACCGCAUUAGUCACGUAGGAGUGUCCAGCGUCAAAACAGGAAUCGCCAAUACACUCGGAAACAAAGGGGCAGUGGGCGUGUCUUUCAUGUUUAACGGAACAUCGUUCGGCUUCGUUAACUGUCACCUGACGUCCGGCAAUGAAAAAAUCCACAGACGGAACCAAAAUUAUCUGGACAUCCUGCGUCAGCUGUCGUUGGGGGACAAGCAGCUCAACUCAUUUGAUAUUUCACUGCGAUUCACACACCUGUUCUGGUUGGGCGAUCUGAACUACCGUCUGGACAUGGACAUACAGGAAAUUCUGAACUACAUCAACAGGAAGGAGUUUGAGCCUUUGUUAAAGGUGGACCAGCUAAAUCUGGAGAGGGAGAAGAACAAGGUCUUCCUGCGAUUCGCGGAGGAGGAGAUCACUUACCCCCCCACAUACCGCUACGAGCGCGGGUCACGUGACACAUACGUGUGGCAAAAACAGAAAGCGACCGGGAUGCGAACGAACGUUCCUUCAUGGUGCGACAGAAUUCUCUGGAAAUCUUAUCCAGAGACCCACAUCGUCUGCAACUCUUAUGGCUGUACUGAUGAUAUCGUCACCAGCGAUCACUCGCCCGUGUUCGGCACGUUUGAGGUCGGCGUCACCUCACAGUUUGUCUCCAAGAAGGGGCUGCCGAAGUCUUCAGAACAGGCGUAUAUUGAGUUUGAAAACAUUGAAGCCAUUGUUAAAACCGCCAGCAGAACCAAGUUCUUCAUUGAGUUUUAUUCCACGUGUCUGGAGGAGUUUAAGAAGAGUUAUGAAAAUGACACCCAGAGCAGCGACAACAUUAAUUUCCUGCGCGUGGGCUGGUCAUCUAAACAGCUGACGACGUUGAAGCCCAUCCUGUCGGACAUCGAGUACCUACAAGAUCAACAUCUGCUGCUCACUGUGAAAUCUCUGGACGGAUACGAGUCGUACGGUGAGUGUGUGUUGGCUCUGAAGUCGAUGAUCGGCAGCACAACGCAGCAGUUUCACACGUAUCUGUCUCACCGCGGUGAAGAGACCGGAAACAUCCGUGGGUCCAUGAGGGUCAGAGUGCCCUCAGAGCGCAUGGGCACCAGAGAACGACUCUACGAGUGGAUCAGUGUUGAUAAUGAUGAGACGGGUGGACCAAAAGGCAGAACGCUGCCACCUAGAGCCGGGCACGAUUACGUUAAACCAACAACAAGCAGGAAGUUGGGGUCAGCUGACCUCGGGAAAGUGUCGGAGGAGGGAGACAAGAGCGUCAGCGGGCGCCCUACACACACACACACUACUAAAGACGACAGCACGCAGAACAGAGGGAAACAGGAUCCGUUUGAAGGUGACGCCACGACAUGCAAAAACAGCUUCAAUAACCCCGCCUACUACAUUCUAGAAGGAGUUCCCAACCAAUCAGCAGCUCUGGCCUCUGACAUGCUUCCUUCUGAAUGCAAUAAAAUGGCUCCCCCUGUGGGUGGCGUGGGGAAAAACAAGCCCCCCAGCGGUACCUCAGUGCAGGGCCGCAGGCAGACGAGCGGACGCACGGUUCGGCCCAUCAGCGAGGAGGGGUCCUCGGAGGACGAUGGCAACAUCGGGGGUCACGUCAGGUUGCUUAAUCGCCCUCCACCAGAUUUCCCCCCUCCCCCGCUGCCCAAAGGAGCUCAAGAUAUGGCGGAAAACUCCUUCGGCAAACCACGGAUGUUUCCGGAUCUUGCCGAAGUCAAAAUCCCUCCCGCGUCUGCGGUGACGUCAAAACCGCUGCCGUCUCCCAGUUUCAUAGCUCCCUCUGGAGGAGGUGUGGCCUUCUGCCUGGAGGCUCCGCCCAUGCUGAGCCCAAGCGCCACCCCGUUCUGUCGAGGGGGUGGGGCCCUGGGACUGGACGACCAGUCAUGUUCAGUCCUGCAGAUGGCCAAGACGUUGAGUGAAGUGGAGUAUCCGUCAGGGCUUGAGCGGGGGUGCGCUGGGGGGGUGAUGAAGGGGGCGGGCGCUCCUCACCUGCGUGGGAUGACCUUCCCCCCGUGCUCCAUACAGGAGGAGAGCAUCGCAGAAGACCUGCCUGAAGAGGGUCUGUGGCACUCAGUCAGUAGUUGCAGCAGUCUGUCUGUUGACCGCAGUGUUGGCGAGUGGUUGCAGAGACUCGGCCUGCAGCAUUAUGAAGAGGGACUGCUACACAACGGCUGGGACGACCUGGAGUUCCUCAGUGACAUCACAGAGGACGAUCUGGAGGAGGCGGGUGUUCAUGACCCCGCCCACAAGAAGAUCAUAUUGGCCAGUCUGAAACAGCAGCAGAAGUGAGCCGGUCCCGAUCCGGCCGGUCUAAACCGGAGUAAACCAGAACUGUGCCUCUCUAAGAGAAACAUCACUGAAACUGGUCCAUGUGUCCAAAAGGAUGUUACGCUAUAAAGCCACGCCCACAUCCAGAGAAUACGGUCUGAAUUUGGAGAAAGUGAUGUCAUCAGAACAUUCCUCACCUUUGUGUUGAUAAUGACUGAAGUAUUAAUUAUUAUAACAGUUUUGUGUUUGUUUGUGUGUUUUAUGAGUUUAAAGGGAAAUAAGCUGAACUCAGCCAUGAAGACUGAUGCCUAAAAUAACUUGAAAAAGUUUGUCAUUGGUGUUUUAUAUAAGUGUGUGUGUUUGUGUAUGAUUGUGUGUAUGAGUGUGUGUAUGAGUGUGUGUGUGUGUGUGAUUGUGUGAGUGAGUGUGUGUGUAUGAUUGUGAGUGUGUGUGAGUGAGUGUGUGUGUGUGUGUGUGUGUGUGUGUGAGUGAGUGUGUGUUUGUGUGAGUGUGUGUGUGUGUGUGUGUGUGAGUGAGUGAGUGUGUGUGUGUGUGAGUGAGUGUGUGUUUGUGUGAGUGAGUGUGUGUGUGUGUGUGUGAGUGAGUGUGUGUGUAUGUAUGAUUGUGAGUGUGUGUGAAUGUGUGUGAGUGUGUGUGUGUGAUUGUGUGUGUGUGUGAUUGUGAGUGUGUGUGAUUGUGAGUGUGUGUGUAUGAUUGUGUGAAUGUGUGUGUGUGUGUGUGUGUGUGAUUUGUGAGUGUGUGUGUAUGGUUGUGUGUGUGUGUGAAUGUGUGUGUGUGUGUGUGAUUUGUGAGUGUGUGUGUAUGAUUGUGAGUGUGUGUGAAUGUGUGUGUGUGUGUGAUUUGUGAGUGUGUGUGUAUGAUUGUGAGUGUGUGUGAGUGUGUGUGAUUGUAUGUGUGAGUGAGUGUGUGUGUGUGUAUGAUUGUGUGUGCUUGUGUGUGUGUGUGUGUGGAUGAUUGUGUGUGUGUGUGUGUGUGUGUGAUGUGUGUGUGCUUGUGUGUGUGUGUGUGUGAUGAUUGUGUGUGUGUGUGUGAUUGUGUGUGCUUGUAUGUGUGU